AACAACAACAGCAGCAGCAGCAGCCCACCCUCCACCGCCGAUGCAGCAGCAGCAGAGAAUGCACCACCACCACUUGCUGCUGAACACAUUCCCCAACCAAGCAAGCAACCAACCAACAAACCAACACAUUGCCCGCUGCUGCUGGCAGAAGCUGGCUGUUUGCAGCUGGGAGGGAUAAACACAAAAUUAGCCAUUGGGGGAACGAAAAAAGCACCCCCGAACAAAAGUGCUCCCCAGAACGCAGCCAGAGAGGAAGGAGCUGACUUGAAGGCUAUGAGUGUCAAGCACAGUGUGACGUCAACCCACAGCCCUUGUGCAUCAUCCCUCGCCGUUACGUUAACUGCCAUCAUUGAAUUUGUCGAACCAUGCGGGAUGCUGUCUGCUGGGGAAAGAGUCUCCUGUAUUCAAGAGACCGGCCUCGACGCCGCAUAUGCCGCCCUCAAGGUGGGCAAGACGCUCACAUUUGAGCGCUUGAACUUCCAGCUGGCCCGGAUCGCAGUCCACAAGGGCCAACACCAUCAGGUGCAGAAGAAAGAUCACAGGCGGUUUCAAGUCGUGUGUUGCAAGCGUGGAUGCGAAUACAGAGUGUACACGGUGAUCGAAUCCGACGCCACCCCUUGCCUAUAUCGAGUGACACAGGUUCAAAAGCACACAUGUGCCGUAACCGAGAAGACCGUCAAGCCGAAGGUGCUUGCAGCAUACGACGCCAGCAUCAUGGGCACGGCGAAGGCAAAGGUUGCGGCUGUCAAGAUAAGAUACGGCAUCACCGUCACUGUACGCCAGAUGCAGCUGUACGCUAGCCACGUGAAUAGGAUGGAUUCCCCUUCACUUGCCCAAGAUUACAUGCAACUGCAGAGUGCAGUCGAGUACAUCAACGCUUCUGGGAUCCAUGUGGCACAGGCCGAGUUUGAUGAUGAUGGCAAAUUCAAACACCUCGUCGUGUGUCUGAAACCGACUGUUCUGUCUGCAAACAGCCCCUCUGUGCUCCUCGCGGAUGCGACGUUUCUCACGGGGCCAUCCAAGGACAAGUUGCUUGUGCUGUCACAGCUCGACACAAAUCGCAACGCCUUUGUCAUAGGCAUUGCGAUAUUUGAGUCAGAGACGGCGGCAGCAUACGAGGCCCUGUUUGCGAUGGCCCUUGAAUGCAUGCCUCACCUCAAUGGUCCGCAUCUCAUCUUCACGGAUCAGGGGACAGGAGUGGGUGCAGCGCUACGCUCCCCGAUCAUUCCACGGUCGUGGGAACAUGCCCUGUGCUGCUUUCACUUGAAGCAAAACAUGGGCAAGAAUGUCCGGCCGCUCUUUGAACAGGCCAGGCGUUCACGCUCGCUGCGUACCUUCAGCGCCGUUAUGGACAGGAUGCAGGAGUACCAUCCAUCUGCACACGACUCCUUGUGGGCAAAGGCACACCAGUGGUGUAGCCUCUUCAUGUCUCUUCCGAGCUAUGGCAGCAGCACCACGCAAACAGCUGAAAGCAUUAAUGCUGCUUGGAAGCAGUACAAAAAGGAAGGUCCACUGACCAUUCUUCGACAUGUGCUGAAGUGGGUCGCCAAACGACGCGGAACUGUUGGGCCAAGCAACGAAGGGUUGACAGACUUCGCAGAGCAGAAGAUCUUACAGUCAAUUGAUUUGGCUGUGACGAUGGAAGCCCUAUCUGUGGGGAGGCAUUCAUUCAGUGUCUUCGCAGGAGGCAGCUCCACGCCGGUGGCACGCGUGACCGACGAAUCGUGCAGCUGUGUGUGGUCGCACACACACAGAGGGCUUCCGUGUGCUCACAUGGUUGCAGUAGCAACUGUCACGUCAGGUCCACUCAGAGUUGCGGCCAUAUUUUCAGCAGAGGUGCGCAGGAACGGAUGGGACUCGAUGCAGGUAUUCAUCCCUGGUGACGACCUGCCGCUCAACGAGGAGCACUGGGGCGAACUGGUUGGUCCGCCAGGGCGACGGCGCGAGAACAGGUUAGUGCCAGGCGAUGGGAGAGCCGCAAGAGCUACGUCAGCAGUGCAGCCGCCUCCUCCUACGCAAGAUGAUGCCACACCAGCAGCUGCACCAGCCGUGUCCACAGUUGCGUCAGCAGUGCAGCCGCCUCCUCCUACGCAAGAUGAUGCCACACCAGCAGCUGCACCAGCCGUGUCCACAGUUGCGUCAGCAGUGCAGCCGCCUCCUCCUACGCAAGAUGAUGCGACACCAGCAGCUGCACCAGCCCUUCCACCAUCAACACACAUCGCCGGCUAUCGCGUGGAAUUCUACCAUCUCAACGUGGAACCGAAGCGGCUCUACAGCAAGAGGUGUAUCCUCUCAAUGGUGGGACUGGCAACAACAACAGCAACAAUAGCAGCAGCGGCAGCAGCGGCGAUGACGAUGACGAUGACGACCACCUCCCCCACCACAACAACAACAACAACAACAACAACAACAACAACAACAACAACAACAACAACAACAACAACAACAACAACAACAACAACAACAACAACAACAACAACAACAACAGCAGCAGCAGCAGCAGCAGCAGCGAUGACGAUGACGACGACUGCAACAACGACGACGACGACGACUACAACAACAACAACAACGACGACUACAACAACAACAACAACAACAACAACAACAACAACACCACCACCACUAGCAGCAACAGCAGCGAUGACGACGACGACGAUGACCUUUCAGAUGUUUUGGCUACUCCGCAUUGUGAGUGGCUACCCUCUUCGUACCACGCUUCAACGGGGAAAGUUCUUCUGGGUGAAGGUCUCGCCUUCACUUCUCAGGAUGCCGAAGAGUGACGAAAGGAUCUGGGUGCCCGCCACUUUUGAGUUCCUUCGGGACGGCCAUGUUUGGUACAAGCUGUGGGGCACUUGGAAGGCGCGACGGGUGCCCGCGACCGACGACUACACCGCUGCGUGGACCGACCACCGCCGAGACGCCUGGGCUGCCAAACACACACGCAUUCGCAAGCUGGUGCAGGAGAAGGACCUUACGCCACUUGAGCAGGCCAAUAGGACAACACAGAAGUAUCUCCAGAUAGCACAUGAGCGGACGCGCCAGGAGCAAGAUUCACUGCGCCAACGGCGGAAGGCGUUGCAACGACGGCGGAGGGCUGAACUUGAGGCUAGACGCCAGGAACAACUCAGACAGGCUCGUGACAAGCGAGAGGAGUACUGCCGCAGAGCGGACGCAAUACUGAAGAGCCAAGGAUACCAUGACUACAUCAAGGGUGUGCUGGAAGGCACAAUACAAACUCCGCUCAUGGAUGGCGAGGACGGGAUGCGCCACUGGUCAGCCCGCGACCUUAGCGCGUCUCAAUGUUCGGCCCCUUCGAUUGUGUUUCGUCUCGGCCCUGCCGUCGACGUCGUGCACGAUCUGGACAUGAACAAGUACCUCCAUUGGUUGAGCUUGCCACUCAUAACGAAGUGGGGAUUCGCAAUAUGGAAGGAGACAGCCAGCUACCUUAUUAUGACCAUCGAGCAGUGCUCAAGAGAGGAGGCCGAUGAGUUGUGCGAUUAUUACGAGACUCUUGCCAGCAGCCGGCCCUUACAGGACCGGAAACCUCGCGGUAUUGGACUACCAAACUCGGGAAACACUUGCUACAUGAACACCAUCCUGCAGUGCCUCUUCCACAUCGAGUCAUUUCGGCAGCAUUUGACGCCUGAUGUAUGUGCCUGUGCAAAACGACAACGCAUGCUGUGCAAUGUGCUUGACCACUGCUGAUGUUUGCUGCCUGGUUACACAUGGACAUGCAACAUAAUCGUGCAUAGACUCAAACACGACCACGUGUGCUUGUGCGAGCGGAUUGUGCAGGAUGGAAUCGCCGGCAAUUUGGGU